GGGGGGGGGGAGAGACUGGACCUGGACCGGGGCCAGGAGCGAGCACCGGGGACCGGUGGAGACGCGCCGUGGCUCCUGAUCAGCCCGCUCUCUGAAAACAUGUCCGAGUUUUUUCUCCUCACCUUCUUGGCCCUUUUCUUGGGAUUAUUUCCAUGCGCUGAGCCGUCGGCAGUGCCGGAUGAGCGCAAAGAGGCCAUCUUGUGCGACGUAGGCGAGUUUCACUGUCACGAUCGGGAAACCUGCGUCCCCGAGGCCUGGCUCUGUGACGGCGAGCCCGACUGCCCCGAUGACUCCGAUGAGUCUGACGUGACUUGUGCGAGAGAGGUUGUGAUCAGAUGUCCGCUCAAUCACAUACAGUGUAUCGGGACCAAAAAAUGUAUUCAUUUCAACAAACUCUGCAACGGCGUAAGAGACUGCGAGGACGGCGACGACGAAGGCGUCCACUGUCGAGAGCUUCUGUCAGCCUGCCACGAGCUGCGGUGCCGCUACGGCUGCGUCAUGACGAGGAACGGCACCUUCUGUUUCUGCGCUGACGGCUUUGAGGUUGGCGAGGACGGCACGAGCUGCCGAGACCAUGAUGAAUGUGCCCAGUAUGGCUCGUGCAGCCAAACCUGCACGAACACCUACGGCUCAUACAGUUGUAGCUGCGUGGAAGGAUACGUCCUGCAGCCCGACAAGACGUCGUGCAAAGCCAAACGAGAUGCGGGCGACAGGCAACCCGUGCUUCUCAUGGGUGGAUCGGACCGUAUUGUCAUCAGCCACCUCAAUGGAACGGGCUUUCUGCCUCUGAGGUCUCUGAGUGUAAAUGGAAGUCUGGCCAUGGAUUUCCAGCACAGCCAGGACAAGGUUUGCUGGGUUCUGUCCAAAGAGUCCUCUGGGCAACUUCGCUGCGCCGAAAUGAGGAAUCUACGCAGGCUCACGCGGGAAAAGGAAAUAACAACACAACAGCACUUGCACAAUGCUGAGCACAUGGCUAUCGACUGGCUGACGGGCAACUUCUAUUUUGUUGACCGGGUCACCGACAGGAUAUUUACGUGCGACCAGACUGGCGACACUUGUGUGACUCUCCUGCAGCUCGACCUGCUGAAUCCGAAAGGAAUCGCUCUGGAUCCUCUCACGGGCAUGAUGUUCUUCACCGACUAUGGGAACGUGGCCAAGGUGGAGCGCUGCAACAUGGAUGGCACCAACAGGACCCGGCUGGUGGAUUACAAAAUCGAGCAGCCCACAGCUGUGGCGCUGGAUGUGGUCAAAAGGCUGGUCUACUGGGCAGACGCCUACCUGGAUUACAUCGACGUUGUGGAUUACCAAGGCAAAAACCGACACAACAUCUUCCAGGGAAGCCAAGUGUCAAACAUUUAUGCAUUAGCUGUGUUUGAGAACUUCCUCUAUGCUACCGAGAGUACGCACGCUGAGCCUUGGAACGAGGCGACGCUGCUGCAAAUCCACCGGUUCAACGUCACAGCAGAGCUGAAGACGCUGGCGAGUGUGGGGAAUACGCAAGCACUCCGCGUUUACCACAAACUCAGUCAACCCAAAGUGAAGUCUCACGCGUGCGAAAUGAACGCCUACGGCAAAUUGGGCGGCUGCUCCCAUGUUUGCCUUCUGAGCGGCAGCUACAAGUCCCGAACGUGUCAUUGCCGUGUUGGCUUCAGUCUUGGCUCCGAUGGACAGUCCUGUAAAAAGCCCCAAAACAAUCUCUUCCUGUUCUAUGGUAAGGGGCGUCCCGGUGUCAUCCGAGGGAUGGAUAUGAACGCUAAAUCUAGCGACGAACAUAUGGUGCCCAUCGAAGACCUGGUCAACCCUCGAGCUAUUGACUACCACGCGGCAUCGGGACAGAUUUACUUUGCUGACACCACCAGUUUCCUCAUCGGAGGGCAAAACAUCGACGGGAGCAGCAGGGAAACAAUCCUGAACGACGAACUGGACAACGUCGAAGGAAUCUCUGUGGACUGGAUUGGCCAUAACUUGUACUGGACCAACGACGGUUACAGGAAGACAAUCAGUGUUGCCAGGUUGCAGAGUGCUUCUGAGACCAGGAAAACGCUCUUGGAAGGGAACAUGUCGCACCCUCGGGCCAUUGUGGUUGACCCUCUGAACAGGUACGGAAAAGCAGUUUUGCCAGACAACGCGGCCUCGGAGACGUCAAUCUAA